ACCGAGGCAUCGGCUGCCCAACACUGGAUAGACUUACUGGAGGAAAAUACAGCAUCACUACACACACUACCGUGUGUGCGGGUGUGUGUGUGUGUGUGUCUUUGUGUAUGUGUGUGUGUGCAUGUGUGUGUGUGUGUGUAUGUGUGGGGCUGAUCAACACCAACAUGGACACUGAAUAUUCCAAGAGAGUGUACCAGGGCGUUCGAGUCAAGCAUACGGUCAAAGACCUGUUGGCGGAGAAGCGAUCCCGACAGACCAACGGGCCUCGAUACAGUGGGGAUCCAUCAAGUCCACCUUCUCUAGUCCACUUGUCAGGAUCUCAUAUUUUGCCAAACUACUACGGGAUGAGACGUCCCUUCAUGUCAGACGCAGACUUGAGUCCAUCCACCAAGCAGUUCUCCGAGCCAGCGUCUUUAGGAGGCUACCAGUCCUGGAGCUUCAUGGACAGCUACUACCCCGACACCUUCAACGAUCAGCGCACCUUCUCCACCUCUGGAGGAUCCUUCCUGCCUUCUUCACUGAUGCCUCCCUUGGCUGGAGAGUCCUCGCACUUCUACCUGAGAGACUCGUGGGAGCAGUCGGAUCCUGACGCGGUUCCUCCAGCAGAGGCUCUGUGUCCAGACAACAUCAGCGUUCCAGUAGUUCAGACGUCAUCUGUGGUCCCGGGGUCCUACCCGCUGCACCCCCUGGAGGACAACCACUACCACCUUCUAACCUCCAGCAGCUCCUACAUGGCGGACGGCGUGGGCUCCAAGAUGGCCACAGAGGAGGCAGACGCUUCCUGGGACAAGCAAGAUGAAAGCUCCUGGUCGUCCUAUGAACUCAGAAGAGCUUACUGA